AUGUCCUACAAGAGGUCCAGGUCGACCUUUGAAGCAGACACCCACGCUCCGUACGCUCUUUUUGGCUCGCCGUUACCCGACGAGAACGACGCGCGCGACCACGGCGCAUACCUCCCCCUGUGGAAGCAAGACGUCAGAGACGACAAGGGCCGGAGGCGGCUUCACGGGGCUUUUACAGGCGGAUGGAGCGCAGGCUACUUCAACACGGUAGGCUCAAAGGAAGGAUGGACGCCCUCCGCGUUUGUGUCGAGCAGGAACAACCGGCGCAAAGACGAUGCCGCGCCCAGCACGAUCCAGCAGCGGGCGGAGGAGUACAUGGAUGACGAGGACCUGGCGGACGCGGCCGAGGCGCAGACGCUGCAUACCUCGGGAGCGUUCGCCGGGCUGGGGCUGUCCACCCAAGAGGAGGUGCGCGCCGGCGGCAUACUCGGCCUGUUCAGGCCGUCCGGGGACACCAAGGGCCUCCAGCUGCUCCGGAGGAUGGGCUGGAAGGACGGCCAGGGCAUCGGGCCCAAGGUCCGGCGAAGCGCGCGCCUGGGCGUCUCCACCGGCGCCUCGGUGCCCGACGACCAGCUGCAGCUGCAUCUGUUUGCGCCGGACGACGCGCCCACGGUGGACUUUGUCCGCAAGACGGACAAGAUGGGCCUCGGGUACAAGGCAGGCGCAAGGCUGGGCGACCCGGACAAGGACCGCGGCUCCCCCGAACAGGAGCACUCGGAAGGCGAGGACCACCCGCUCCGCAAGGCGGGCGGAUUCUCCCUGCUUGGCCCUGCCAGGAAAAAGGCGGCCCCUGCCCGGGGCGCCUUUGGGGUCGGGGUCCUCAACGACACGGGAUCCGACGACGAGGAUCCGUACGAGAUGGGGCCCAAGAUCAGAUACAACCGGACGUUGGGAGGACCCAAGACGCAGAAGCAGAAGCAGAAGAAGAAGAACAAGGCCGUCGCGCCCGCGAACCCCGCCUUCCAAAACGCCCCGGUGUUCGUGUCCAAGACGGCCAGGGCUGGCCUCGGCCUUGGACGCUGCCACGACGGCCGUCUGCCCCUCGACGGAUUCGUCCUGGGCAAGGCCGUCGAGGAAGACUGGAACGCCCUCAUCGCCAAGCACGCGCCGCCCACCGUCCCCGACGGCUGGAAGUCGUCCAGAGACCACCCGUCCUCGGGCGCCGCGGCGGCCCGCCACACGUCGACGGCCGAUGCAGCCAGAGCGGCGGCCCCCCUAGACUCCAGGUCGAGAGCUGCCCUCCUGGGCGAGAAGCAGCUUCCCGGCAAGUCGGUCUUCGACUUCAUCUCGCCCUCGGCCAGGGACAAGCUGGCCGCCGCGUCUGGGAACGCGAGCCUACCGCCCGGCCUCGGCGAAGCCCCCCGGGGCCACGCCCCGUCCUCAGAGGAUGAGCGCGGACGGGCGCUCUGGCAGCAGGUCCCGCGGCUGGAUCAGCCCACCGCGGCGGCAGCCCUGUCCCGCAGCGAGGGCGGGCCCUACGCAGACGACGAGGCGAAGCGAGGCCGAUACAGAAAGUACCUCAUCUCGCAGGCGAAUCCCGGCCAGCCGCUGCCGGACAAGGCUGCCGGCGCAGCGGACGGGGACUACGUGCGGGAGAUGAACGAGUUCUACGACUGCGCCAGGAUAUUCAAGCCCAUGACGGGGUUUAUGGCCUCCCGGUUCACGACUUCCAAGAGCGUGCUCAACCCACCAUCUGCUGGUGACGGUGGCGGUGACGGUGGCGCCCCCACGGCCGACCCGCUCGCGAGGCCAGCGUCCAAGGCGGCAGACCCGGCAGAAGAAGCUGCCAGGAUGGGCAUGUUUGGCGCCAUGACGCGCUCCGUGGACGACUUUUACCCGACGCGCCUGCUGUGCAAGAGGUUCAACGUCCGGCCGCCGCCGCAGCAUCCGCGCCCGGACCACGACGCCGCCGCGGAGGCGCCCAGCAAUAACCAGAGGCCAGCCCCGUGGCCCGCUGCCGAAAACGCCGCCCGGGCCUUGCCGCCCGCCCCUCCCCACUGCGAGCAGGCCGUGUCCUCGAGAUCGGCGCCGCAGCCGCCGCCGCCCGCGGACGUGGACCCAGACAAGAACGAUGCGCUGGAGGGGCAUGCCGCCAAUGCCGAGCUGCUCAAGGCCAUUUUUGGCGACAGCGACGACGGCGAAUAG